AUGAUGUCCACACCCUCAUCAUCCACACGUUUUCCCCCGACGUCCCCGCAGGUCACUGCCUCAGUCGUCAAGUUUCGUUGCUUGUACACGCACGACCUACGCCGAAAGUCUAAAAGAUGGCACGAUGGGCAUCUAAGAUAUCAUAAAUUCAACAAAAGGGUCAUGGUAUACGAUGAUCAGGGGAAUUUCAUCGGCGAUCAUCACUGGCGCUCCCCAGAUGAAGUACAGGAUGGUGACGAGAUGGAGCUGGACAAAGGCGUCUUGAUUGAGGUGACCGAGAAAAUGGGCACCACUGAAACGGACAUAACAACCUUGUAUGAGAAAAAGAAAUCCAGCCAGGGGUCGCCGCAGACUAAAGACCCGGUGUCCCUGUCCCAAAUUCCCCGCACCUCUACCCACACCUCAGCCCCCGUUUCCACGCCUAUUCGUUCCUCCGGUUCAUCCCAGCCCUUUCGUUCACUUAACGAUUUGUUGGGCAUUAAAAGGACUCCAAUCGGGCAUUUGGUGCCUCCAUACGAGGAAACGAAUCCUCUGCGACCAACUUCCAUCAUUCAGGAACCCGAACGAGCACCGAAGCGACAGAAGAUAUCCUCGGUGGUGAAUCGAAGUGCUGAGAAAGGCUCGCGUGCCCAAAAUGAGGUUAUUGAUUUGACCGAUUCAAAUCAGGUGCUCACCGCGAGGCAGAGGGUAAACCACGUGGCAAAAAAACUACCCAGAGCCGGGGAUGAUUCUACGGCCGAUAUACUCACAACAAAUUGUGAGCAGAGACCGACAGUUCAGUCAACACAAACUCGGCCGCAGAGACCAAUUCCUCCUUCAUUCUCAAGGGUCUCCGUUUCAACUACAUCUGAACCUACCUCCAGUCCAGCAACACUCGAGGUAGUCCGUACAGCCACCAAGGGUGUCCAACCUACAAGGCCCCUAGGCAACAAAUCAAAAAAUAUACCGUCGCCUGUGCAACUACCAAAGCCCCUCGGACCCCCAUUGAAAGGUCCCAUUCCCACUGUACCCCCAGAAACAGAAAUACCCAGGCCUCGAGCGAAAUUGCGUGUGGAGCAGCCAUCAAUCAACCGCGAAAAUCAGCCAACAGCGGUGUCACGUCCCAUCCCACCACAUAGCUCUGACACUCCGACGGUUUCAAGAGGCUCUCUCUUAAGUGCACCCAUACAGGCGUCUGCUGGUCGAUAUACACAACAGGCGCCAGUGCAUGCAGUCAACAAUUAUGUUAAACCUAUCGAACCCGCAAAUGACCAAGCUUCAGGCAACGUACCACCCCCAGCCAACAAUCCACCUCCAACGAACAUGCCACCUCCAUCGCGUCCAUCUUCGGCACCACGCUCUGGAGCACUUACGACAGCUCUACGUAUGGGGACCGGAAAGCCACGCAGAAAACUGAUGUACAAUGCUUUACUGCCCGGCACUUCACGAACUCCACCGGCGACCUCAGAUACACCGCCUGCUAAUGCUACCCGUGAACCUUCCACAGAACCCCCGGAGCAACAGUUACCUAGGCUAGCUGCCACCUCAGGUAAUCCUUCAACAUCAAGCGAAGAGUUUGCACCUUCAAACUCAACCCAGUUUAUCUUCGACGAGAUGAUGGAUGCAUCGGGGUUCAAAUUAUCCUCCACGAUUGGAAGGGUGACUGGAAAAAGACCUCUUGAUUCACCCUUGCGGAAAUCAAUAUCUGACCCGACCGCCUUGACUGCCCGCCAGGUCCGAGCAGGGGGAUCAUUACACGCAGCCCACAACGGAACCGAGAAAAAAGAGCAAGGCCCAUGGACAUCCGAGGCAUUAGAUUUGUUUGACUUUUGGCCUGCUGGACGACCGAAGCCAAACGAAUGA